AUGAAGUUGAUUUUCCUUAUUGUCAUUGGCGUGGCAUGGAGCAAUGCUGUACCAGCGGGCUAUCCAAAAAUGAAGCCACCGGCUAAACAACUACCCAAGCCGGGUGGGGGUGGAGGAGGUGGUAAAGGACCAAGUUCAUCGUAUUUGCCACCAAACCGUAAUGGCGGUGGCGGAGGAGGUGGUGGUAAACCUCCACCUUCCACAUAUUUACCUCCUGGUGGGGGUAAUGGCGGCGGCGGCGGCGGCGGAGGAGGUGGGGGUGGUAAUACUUAUUUACCUCCUGCCGGUGGUGGCGGCGGUGGACCUGGCGGCGGAGGAGGUGGUGGAGCUGGUGGUGGCGGAGGAGGCGGUGGAGGAGGUCCUGUUAUACCAAUAAUCAAAUUCGAAUCUCAGGUUAAUACCGAUGGAUCGUAUAUGUACGAAUAUGAAACCGGCAAUGGCAUUAAUGUUGACGAAAUGGGUUAUUUGAAAAAUGCCGGUGAUAGCGACAAUGAAGCCCAGGUGGCGGAGGGUUCCUUUUCAUUUACCAGCCCCGAAGGGGAAUCCUUUGUGGUGACCUAUAUUGCCGAUGAGAAUGGUUUCCAACCACAGGGUGACCAUUUGCCAACACCACCUCCAAUACCUCCGGAAAUCCAAGAGGCUUUGGAUAAAAUUGCCGCUGGAGGUGGACAUCCGGAUGAUGGUAGUGGUGGUGGAGGAGGAGGUGGUGGUGGUAAUGGAGGUGGUGGAGGCGGUAAUGGAGGUUAUGUUUAUUAA